AUGAAGGAAAGUAUAGAUGUAGUAAAUAUGAUAUAUAAUAGUAAUAGCAAAUUAAAGGAAAAAUAUCAAAAAGUUAGCAGAAUUAUUGAUGAUGAAAAUAUUGCUAAAAUGUAUUAUAAGUGGAUUCAUGAAAAUGGAAGUUAUACAAUUUCACAUUAA